AUGAAACAAAUAGACCAAUUCUUGACUUUCAAAUAUGCUGUUGAGCAUUUGGAGUCUCAUUUAGAAACUCAUAAACAUUUCUAUCCUUUCAAGUUAUCAGAGGAUGAACAAGUGAUUCGCCAAUUUAAGCACUUGGAAGCAGAGUUUAAUGAAUUUUUAGAGAAUCACAUAGAUGAUAUAGAGGUUGACGAGUUUUUAAGAAGUAGACGCUUACAUAAUAAACUCGACAUGCCUAGAAAGACUUAUCUCAAUCUACUUUUCCAUUUAUUUAAUUUUCAUUUAGUUAGAUGUUUUUCCCAACCAACGACGAGAACUCUAGUGGAUAUUAUGUUAAUGUUUCGUGAUCGUUUUGGGCUAUAUUUUAGUAUAGAUGUUUGGUUACCGGAUUAUAUCAAAAGUAAUCAUGAUAAAAUAUUCUUCUUCCAAGACAUAUGCAGUGUAACGUGCAUGUUAAAAUUAGAACCACCAAAGCUUAUGGAAGAACAAACAUUUAUAAAAUCACAACCGAGUCUGGUAUCUUCAUACUUACGCCGUAAUGUGUCUACUGAAUACUUGGGUUAUUUUGAACCAUCCAGCGGCUGUAUCUUAAACUCCGAAGAGAUCAUGCAUAGAAUUAAAGAGUUCCACAUUAGUAUAGAAGAACUUGAGAAUAUUCAUUUUGCUGUUCCUUCAGUGUUCGUGGUAGACCAAAAUAGUAAAGCCGAUAAAAUUGAUGCGUUUCGGCUGAAUGUGCUUGCAAUACUAGACGCAGUCUUUAGAUACCAGAUGGAUACGUAUCGGAACUACAGGCAGACAACGGUAGAUUUGACUCUUGGAAGGACCUUAGAAUACCCAGAUAUUACUAUAGAACUUAAACGGAAGAGUGAUUCACAACUUUGUUCAAUACCUUUUCAAAUGAAAGUCGGUGGAGUAGCAGAACAUUUUAACUCCAUGGUCAAGGGAAAUAUAAAUGACAGAGAGUUUAGCGAUAUAUAUACGUUUGCUCAAUUAACUGAAUUAGUUGACAGUCAGAGAGACUUUGGCUUUAUAUCAGACUAUGAUGACUUGAUAUAUGUUAAGUUGAAAGAUAUUGGUGAUUUGGAACCUACAAUCGAUGAUGGAAUGGUGCUAAGAAAAUUGAGGUGCGAAAUUUGUUCUCUUUCUACGUUAGAGACGGCUUACUCAAUUACAUCAAUCCUCUUAGCUUUAAUUUAUAAUGUCUCUAACUCUGUGUAA